UAAUGUUGCUCACAAGACGUUGAUCCACAACUGCGAAGUUGGAGUCACAUAGCUUUUUAAACCGCUUUGUGAAAUGGCGGAGAAUAGUGUAACGGUGACUGUUGCUUAUGGUUCUACAAAACACAGCAUCACGGUAACGCGGCAGGAUGGAAAUGAACCGGCGCUGAAAGACCUGUCAGAGGCUCUCGUUCAGGCCACCGGUGUCCCUGCACCCGCGCAGAAAUUAAUCUUUAAAGGGAAGUCUCUGAAGGAGAUGGAGGAAAGUCUGUCCAGCUUUGGGAUCAAACAGGGAUGUAAACUCAUGAUGAUUGGAAAACGGAACAGUCCUGAGGAAGAGUCAGAGCUGAAAAAGUUAAAGGACAUUGAGAAGUCAGUUGAACAGACGGCCAAAAAGCUGGAGAAGGUGGAUGGAGAGCUGACUGGUCUGAAGAACGGGUUCCUAGCUAAGGACCUACAGGCUGAGGCUCUGGGGAAACUGGACCACAGAGUGAAGGUGGCAUCAGAACAAUUCAUGAAGAUUCUUGAGCAGGUGGACUCUAUGACGUUACCAGAGAACUUUAGUGACUGUCGGAUGAAGAAGAAGGGCCUAGUAAAAACAGUUCAGGGGUUCCUUGCUCAGUGUGACAAGAUAGAAGCAGGGAUAUCAGACCACCUGGCUAAGAUCCAGUCCAAGAACAUGGCCCUGGCUGAUUCUUAAAGAUCUACUGGAUCACCAUCUGGAAUCUCUGACUAUGUCCAUCCCUCUGCCGUGCACCAGUGGAUCUCUCGCCCUCCACCAACCACUGGUCUCUCUUUCUGCUGUGACCUCAGGUCUCUCCCUCCACCAACCACUGGUCUGUCUUUCUGCUGUGACCUCAGGUCUCUCCCUCCACUAACCACUGGUCUCUCUUUCUGCUGUGACCUCAGGUCUCUCUCUCCACCAACCACUGGUCUCUCUUUCUGCUGUGAUCUCAGGUCUCUCUCUUCACCAAUCUCUGGUUUCUUUCUCUCUGCUGUGACCUCAGGUUUCUCCACCAACCUCUGGUCUCUCUUUCUCUCUAGUGUGACCUCAGGUCUCUCUCUCCACCAACCUCUGGUCUCUCUUUCUCUUUGCUGUGACCUCAGGUCUCUCUCUCCACCAACCUCUAGUCUUUCUUUCUCUCUGCUGUGACUUCAGGUCUCUCCACCAACAUCUGGUGUCUCUUUCUCUUUGCUGUGACCUCAGGUCUCUCCACCAGCAUCUGGUCUCUCUCACUGCUGUGACCUCUGGUCUCUCUUUCUCUCUGGUGACAUCUGGUCUCUCUCUGCUGUGACCUUUAGUGCCUGUUUCUCUCUGCUCUGACCUCUGGUGUCUUUUCUUCUUUAACCUCUGUUCCAUCUCUUUCUGCUGUGACCUCUGGUCUCACCAUGGUUUGUGACACUUCUUGCUUUCAUCCUCUACUUCUAACCAGGGGUGGAUUCAGGUUAGAAAUAGAGUACAAUUAAUGACCAGGUGGAAACAAAAACCUGAAGUUUUUGGGCUGUUCAGGUGGCCUUUCCCUGCUUUACUUGUUGCUCUGAUUCUGGCGUUCUCUGGUAGCUCUAUGGCAUUCUGAGCCACACAAGGGCCCUGAGCAGGAAAUACUGUACACAGUUGAAGUAGAUUUGUUGUCAUGGCAACAUAGCUCCCUUAUUGUGACGUAUGAGCUGAUUGGACAGAGUGACGUCUGGUGAGGAGAGAAGGGACAAGAGGACAAUGGCAGCUGCUGGAGAAUGUCCCCUGCGCUUCAUUCUCAGGGACAUCUGACAUGGUGCUCGCUGUCUGUAACAUCUUUGAACAAAGUAAGAAAACAACAUUAGAUCCUCUGUAGUCGCGUGCGUGUGCGUGUGUGCACGUGUGAGCGUGCUUGUGUGUGCGUGUUCUCUGUCAACAUGUGAGGACUUGAGAAGUUGGAUGAUUGUCCUUUUCUCCUGAUAAGUGGAUUUUUGGAUCCGCUGUAGUACUGUCAGGUCAUUAACGGUCCGGAAGGGCCUGUUGGUACCAGUUGGAGUCUAUCAUACUAUCAGAGAUGUCCACAGUUGUCACCAGCAUGUAAUAUGUCAUAUUACUCUUUACACUGACUGUAUUCAGAUAGAUGACCGCUCCUCCUGACCGGCUGAAAGACACGGGUACCUCUCGUUUCAUGAAUUCUGUUGUGUUGUAUCAAAUAAAACUUGAGGUAUGAUUGUUGUCACGUUGUGUCAAAUAAAAACUGACAUGGUUUUUGUUGCGCUACAAA